AUGAAGUACCUCUUGUGGAUCUUCUUCCUUUUCAUAGGGAAAUCCCACGGAUACGUGCGCCUUACAAACCUGGCGUGCGAAAGCUAUGACAAAACAUUCGUUGACUUUCCAGAAUGCCGACUGAAAGUGCUUGGCAGGGGAAUCAUCGGGGCCAACAUCCAUGUGAAGUUUCUAAAACUGCCAAUAAAUAGGAUGGCCGUGAGAUUCACCGUUUAUCGGAAGCUAUCCGGAUACCAUCCGUUCCUAUUCAAUGUUUCCGAGGAAUUCUGUCGCGUCCUAAAGCAUCCCAAUCGUCUGAGAGUCUUCUACUACUUCUACACCGCCUUUUUGCCCUUUUCCAAUCUUAAUCAUACAUGUCCUUACAAUGCUGAUGUUUUCAUAAGGAACUGCACCUUGAGUGACCGCAUGUUUGCAAAGGUUCCAUUGCCAAAAGGCAUCUACAAGUUGACUCUCGAGAUGGAUGAUGGAGUCGUAAACUGGGUGUCCAUCAUAAACGUCUACUUCGAAAUUAAUGUUGACUAA